GGGGGCGUGGCCUAUAAAACAGUCCACCAAUCCCACUGCUUUCUCUGACCCGCGUCUCGUCCUUCCGUUCCGGCCCCGAGCUCCUCACAUAAAACCAGGAGUAGAACCCGUCCAGGCAAGGGGGAGAAAGGAAGAGGCCAACGACCUUCCGCGAUUCCUCGAGGUCGGUCUUGCGAUGCCAAGGACGAGGAGGUCGCACGGCGGGUUCCGGCUCGGCCGGAAGCUGCUGAGCGCCUGGCGGUGGGCACUCUGCGGCCGGCGCAGGCGUAGCCGCCGGGGAGGCUACCUCCGCCUCCAGACGUCGCCGCGCCCGAGCGGCGCCGCCUGCGAGGAGGACAACCGGGUCGACGACAAGAAGCCCUCGCCGGUGCUACGUUGGGGGCAGUCGCUGGUGCGGCUGCUGAGCCUUGGGCGCAGGGACGGCGGGCGGCGGACGCUCGACGGCGGUGGCGGGGGCGGCGAGGCGGCGAAGACCCCCAAGGGGCAGGUGGCGGUGUACGUGGGCGGCGGCGGGCCCGGGGAGCCGCUGAGGUACGUGGUGCCGGUGGUAUACUUCAACCACCCCAUGUUCGGGGAGCUGCUGAGGGAGGCGGAGGAGGCGUUCGGCUUCCAGCACCCCGGCGGCAUCACCAUCCCCUGCGCCGCCGCCAAGUUCGAGCGCGCCGCCGCCGUUGCCGCCGCGGGGAAGAAAGGGUUCGGCAGGUGGUAGCUAGCAUCGAUCGAUCCGUACUAGCCAUAGGAGACCCGGCCCUGAACUGCCUCCGCCGUUUUGGGGAGACGGAUGGUGUACAUACCUGUUUUCAUCAGAAAGGGGCUAAUUUUUUUGGUCUAUCAGUUCUUCCCAUUUAA